AAUAAACGAAAUUUAAUUUCCGGCGUUUACGAACUCGGACUCGUCUUUAUCAAAUAAACGUUAAAUUGAUGGCAAGAUGAAUGGCGUAAAACAAAUCAAGAAAGAACCGACAGAGGAGCCACAUACGGAAGGCAUGAUCAAUGAAUAUCAUACAAUCAUUAUUAAGGAAGAAAACCUUGAAGAAAAUGGAUGGGGUGACACUUUGGCAGUCUACCAAACAGAAUCAAUAAAUGCAGGUAGCCAGAAAACCACAUAUAAGGAAUCUUCAGGACAGGUGAAGACAGAGGUGCAGUCGGAAUCCGAAGUUGAGACCAAACCUCUUCAACUUAUUGGUGAAGCCUCUCUGAGCUGCACUGAUGGCACACCAACCCCUAACAAUGGUGAGGACACAGACAGUAUUAAGAUAGGAGAGUCUUGCCACCAGUGUUGCAUAUGCAACGUUGCUUUUAACUUCAAAGACCAACUGCAGGAGCAUGUGAAAACACACGGGAAAGACUUAAAGUACGCGUGUCAUGUUUGUAACGAGGGAUUUGCCCAUGGCGGUCUCCUCCGGGAGCACAUGAAAAGUCACCCAGGAGAAAAGCCAUUCAAGUGCUCUGUAUGCAACAGGGGAUACUUCAAGAGGAGCACGCUGGCUGUUCACGUUGCGACGCACAUCGGAGCACAAUCCUUCAAGUGCUCGGUGUGCGAUGAGCCUUUUUCCGAGAGUGAGCUUCUGAAGGACCACAUGACGAUCCACGACAAGAAGCUACGCUACACGUGCUCCAUCUGCGGUAAGGGAUUUCACCGUACCAGAAACCUUGAUGACCACAUAAGAACCCAUACGGGGGAAAAGCCUUUUAAAUGUCCAGUCUGUCCAAAGAGCUUCUCACAGCGGAGUGGGGUUAGGAAGCAUAUGACAGUCCACAGCGGGGAGAAACCGCAUCAAUGCAAGGUCUGCAAGAGGUGCUUUGCACGGUCAGAAGGCCUUGUGGUUCACAUGAGGACCCAUACCAAAGAACAACCUUACCAGUGCACGGUAUGCAACAAACGAUUCUCUCACGGCAGCAGUCUUUCAGAACACAUGGGUACGCACAUUGGCGAUGCUCCGUUGCAUUGCUCUGUUUGUAACAAGGGAUUUUACUACAACAGCGGGUUGGUGUCCCACAUGCGGAUCCAUACGGGAAAGAAACCCUACGCGUGCCAAGACUGUGACAAGGUCUUUCCUCGGUUGAGUAGCCUGAGGAGCCAUAGAAGAACCCACAGCGGGGAGAAACCAUACAUUUGCACUAUCUGUAAGAAGGGGUUCGGCCAGAGCAGCGGCCUCGCCACUCACAUGCGUGUCCAUACUGGCGAAAAGCCCUACAAAUGCACCAUCUGCGACAAGAAGUACGCCCAGAGCGGACUCCUGACGAUACACAUGCGUAUCCAUACCGGAGAGAAUCCCUACAAAUGCACCUACUGUAAGAAGGCAUUCACGGCGAAGAAGACGCUGACAAAGCACCUGCGAACACAUACGGGAGAAAAACCCUUCCAAUGUGAUGUCUGCAAAAAGGAGUUCUCUCGCUGGGAUGGCCUCUCGAACCAUAAAAAGAUCCACACAGGGGAGAAGAAGCACAAGUGUACCGUCUGCAGCAAGCGCUUCACGCAGAACACGGGACUCAUCACACACAUGCGGACUCACACGGGUGAUCGACCUUACAAGUGCUCUGUUUGUAACAACAGGUUUGCACAGAGCGGGACGUUGGUGGUUCACAUGCGAACUCAUACAGGGGAGAAGCCGUACGAGUGUGCCCUAUGUGGCAAGAAAUUCCCCCAGAGUGGUCAUUUGACGUUGCACAUGGCAACCCAUACGUUAGAUGAUCCUUGAUAGAGAGCAAGAUAACAGUUGACCCUCAGGGAAAAAGAUCACAUUCAUAUCUGUUUGGUUUAUAUGUAUGCCCAAUAAUACAGUCUGCUUGUAGGGGAGAUUUAACAAAGAUAAUCUGUGAUUAAGAAAUGUAUUUAAUUGUCAAUUGAAUGUGGUAUAUUCAACGCAUCAUCCCAUUAAUCCGAGUCAUGAUUAAUCCUCAAAGCAUGUGAAUUAAAACAGAAAAUUAGCCGUAUUCCUUGUUAGAUAUCAUGUGUAGGUUUGCACUUUGAUGUAAGCAUAUGUUUAUUGAAUUGCACUCACAUGUAUAACUCUUUUGUGGAACACCCAUGGUCUCAUGUAUCAAAGGUCAAGAAAAUAAUUCUACUUAUCAUUCCAAAUUUCUUUUCAUUUGAUGAAGGAUGUUAUCACUAUAUAUGCCCGGGUCAUUUAUUUAAUACUGGGGAGCAUUUCAUCAACUUUUUCAUCCGACAAGUUGUUGGAUCUGACAUCUCAUAUUGGCUGUGAAGUAUGGUUACUAUGGUAACUUUUGUAUAAAACGUCUGACAAGUCCUUUCAUGAAAUGCUCCCGUUUUCAUUCAAGUGAUAUCAAGUUUGGUCCUGAAAACUGGGGUUGGGGUUAAACAACACCAGAUUCAACACCAAACAUGCAGUGAGGUCGAUGUUUGAAGGGAUGUCUCACCUGGCAUUGAGCUAUCAAUUGCAUAGAUGGUGUCAUUAAUUUCAAGCAUGGUGUUUUCUUUUUAUAAAUCUGAUGUUGUUGUAAAGGCAACACCAGCCACAAAACUAAACCUGAAGUUGGUCACUGUUGGUGUUUGGAGGGAUGUCAUCUGGUGUUGGGUUAUUAAUUGUAUCCCCCGAACAGAUCCUGAUUGCAAGCUAACCAAGAAAAUCAUUUAUUUCUCUCAAGUUUUAACACACUUACUCUUAAGAAAUUAUUAGAAGCAAUGUCAACUGGGAAUUCUCGUGAAAUUUUAAUGAAAUUCAUGUUUAAGUUAAGGCCUGGUCACACCGCCCGAGCGUUGUUGGAGCGGUCGUG